AUGGAUACUAGUUGGAUUGACUUACGAAAGGGGGAUACCCGUUAUUAUAAUGGUUGCAUGGAAUUUUUAGAGGUUGCAAAGGAGAGUCUUCUAGAGGGACAAACUCGAUGCCCGUGUAAUAAAUGCAAGUUAAAUAAAUGGUUAGACUUAGAAGAGGUAGGAGGACACAUUUUAUUUAACGGUUUUUAUAAGAAUUAUAGGGAAUGGAUUUUCCAUCGUAGAGUUAAAGAGAGUAAUACCUUAGAGAUCCCUAGUGAACAAGAAAAGGUAGUUGGCCGAGAUGAUAUGAAUGGGUUACUAAGAGAAUAUCUUAAGGUUGAAAAUAGUCCACAACCCACCAACGAACCCCAAGACCCAUCAUUGAAUGAAGCUAAUUGUGAAGAUGAAUAUUCGUAUGACAUGCAUGAAGAGUUAAAAUUUGAAUGUGAGGAAGAAGAUGAAUUCCCAUCAACCAACACCAAUGAAGAAGAAGUGAUGUAUAAACGAGUUAGGGAAGCUUCUGAUGAGGGUCUAUAUGAGGGGUGUACAACUUUAUCAAAGCUGUCGUUUCUAUUGCACUUGUUUCACCUCAAGUGCAUGAAGAUGAUGAAUGAUUUGGGAUUGGGUUACGAGAAAAUCCAUGCAUGUCCGAAUGAUUGCAUGUUAUAUUGGGGCAAACUUGCAGGAAAAAGUGAGUGUCAUAUCUGCCACAAAUCAAGGUGGAAGAAUGUGAAAGAAAAGGAGGGUGAGAGUAGUGUGAAAGACAAAGGAACAUGUAAGAAGGGUGUUCCAGCUAAAGUGAUGCGGUACUUUACUCUGAUCCCUAGACUAAAGAGACUUUACAUGUCAUCUAAAACAGCAGAGGACAUCAGAUGGCAUUUUGACUGCAAGGAUAGAAAUAUCAUAAGUCACCCGACGGAUGGUGAAUCUUGGAAAAUGUUUGAUAAAAGAUAUGAGGAAUUCGCCAAAGAUCCUCGUAGUGUUAGAUUGGGUCUAGCAAGUGAUGGCUUUAAUCCAUAUCGUUUGAUGAACACUAGUUACAGUACAUGGUCGGUGAUCCUGAUUCCUUAUAAUUUGCCACCGUGGCUUUGUAUGAAGUCGACAUCAUUUAUUUUGUCUGUGCUUAUUCCGGGGAAACAGGGUCCUGGUAUGGAUAUUGAUGUGUACUUGCAACCAUUAAUCCAUGAGUUAAAAUUGUUGUGGAAAGGUGUAGAUGCCUUUGAUGCUUAUAGCGGAAAGAUUUCAAGAUACGAGUAG